AUGAAUCAUGAGGAAAUAAGCAAACUUGCAUUAACUUAUUCAAUGUAUCAAAAACGUUUCAUAAAAUUCAAAGCUGAACGUAAAGAAAAAUUCAAUAAGAAAAUUGAAGAAAUUAAAAGCCUUCCUGAUGAAAUUCAGGCAACUGAAAGGUUUACAAAACUUUUGGAGGAAAUAUAUGAUCUUCAAAGCGAUGAUGUUGCUCAAGAAUAUAAAGGCCUACAACAAACCUUCGAUCAAUUAAAAGAGGGUGCAAAUAGAAAGAUGGAUUUAUCUACAUUCGUGGAUGAAUAUUUUUAUCAUAUAAG